UUCCUUCUUCUUAUAAAAGCCCCAUCCCAUCACACACUCAUUUCACACCAUCAGAGGCAAUUUUCAAAGUUCAAGCAUCGAACUCAUCUGCAAUCAAUCAAAGACUCGCAUUUUUAGACACCCAUGUCACUGAUUCCAAGCUUAUUCGGCAACCAGCGCAACAAUGUCUUCGAUCCCUUCUCUCUCGAUGUUUGGGAUCCAUGUAAGGACUUUUCUCUAAUUUCCACUCGUUUCCCUCGGGAAACCUCUGCUUUUGUCAACACUCGGAUAGACUGGAUGGAAACCCCGGAGGCUCACGUGUUCAAGGCCGAUCUUCCAGGGCUCAAGAAAGAGGAAGUGAAGGUGGAGAUCGAAGAUAACAGCGUGCUUCAAAUUAGCGGAGAGAGGAAUGUUGAGAAGGAAGACAAGAACGACACUUGGCAUCGUGUGGAACGUAGUAGCGGCAAAUUCUCCAGGAGGUUUAAGCUACCGGAGAACGUGAAAUUGGAGCGGAUUAAGGCUUCUAUGGAGGACGGAGUUCUGACUGUGACUGUUCCUAAAGUUGAGGUUAAGAAACCUGAAGCUAAAGCCAUUGAAAUCUCUGGUUGAAAUACUGAAAUAGAGCUGUGUUUAAGAACAAUGUAAUGGAUUGUCUUGUCUACAUAAAUUGUGUGCCUCUAUAUGGAUUUCGCUAAUAAAUAACGAUGUAAUGUUGUUCUGAA